CAAGCAAGAAACACACAACAAUCAUGUUUUUGUAGACAUUCCAAGAAAACCAUCAACUUCCAGGUCAACUUUCUUGUCCAAAAGGAACGAAAAUUUUCAGACAAGAGUGUGAUAUGGAGAGACCAGUAAGCUUUGACGUGACUGACUAUAAUCCAGAGGGAGAUGACUGGAUCAACAACCUAGUACUCCACAAAGAUUCGAUGAGCGGACCAUCGUCGCCGCUGAUACACCACAAUCCGGAGAUGAAAAUCCCCGAGGAGGCAACGGAUUACGUGACCAUCACGCUAGACAUUCAAGGAGACAACGUGGUGGUCGUAGAGGAGAACGCAGAGCCGAUGGCACGGAGGCGGCAAGGGUCGAGGAAGAAGUCUGUGGUGAAUCGUCGUACACUCGUUGAACCAUCAAGAUCGAAGUUUGACUCGUCAGAGGCCUUGAGAGGUCUUAGAAUGUUUAUUAGGAUGACCGAUGCUGGUUGGAUCGCUGUGGAGAGGCGGUUUGAUAAGAUGACUGCCAAAACUGGUGGACUGCUGGAUCCGGUAAAUUUUGGUGAAUGCUUAGGGAUAAAUUCAAAGGAAUUUUCCUUGGAAUUGUUCUAUACAUUGGCAAGACAAAGGGAUAUAUCAUGUGAGGGGGUUAGUAAGUCCGAACUAUUGGAAUUAUGGUGUCACAUAAAUGAUCAAUGCUUUGACUCCAGGUUUAGGAUGUUCUUUGACAUGGCAGAUAAGGAUGGUGAUGGUAGACUAUCACAACAAGAAGUUAAAGAGUUUAUCAGGCUUACUGCAACCGCCAAAAAUCAAUCCGCAACAAAGAACAUGGUUGAUAAAUAUGCAGCAAUGAUCAUCAAAGAGCUUGAUCCAGAUGAUUUUGGAUACAUCAUGAUAGAAAGUCUUAAGGUACUGCUGCUGGAUGUGGAAACACUCUCUGAAAAUAAAACAACAAUUACUGAUCAGGAAACAAAGAAGGCUACAACAAAGAGAUGGUACAACAAAGUUAUUCGAGAUAUCCCAUCUUCAUCUUUGAUUCCUUGCCUGAAGAAGACAUCAUCUACUAAGAAGACAUGAUUCAUCAAAUUCUCAAGAUUACAUCACAUGAGCAGAAAUGAAUUGCCACAUGACACGUGAGCAGUCCAAAAUCAAUAUGAGUGCAAACCUCAAAACUGUUUUGUUUUGUUUUUUUUUAUUUAGUAAAGAUUAUACUUUACAUGUGAAGUAAAAUCGUGAAACCAUUGACCUUUUCUAUGGGUAAUUUUCCAUCAAUUACAGCAAAACUUC